AGUGCCUGCAAUUGCUAGCUAACUGGUGUCAAUUAAUAUCUUCUUCUGAUCAGUUAAUUUCCUGUUGAAAUUAUCCUGAGUUUAUAAUUAAUUAGCAUGUGGGGCAAGAUAUUGCAAUCCAUAAGGAAAAGUCUCAUAAGCCUUCAACAGAAGUGUAUGAAUUCUCGAAAGAGUGAAGAAGUUGAUAGUAGUGUCACUAGUGUGUCUGUGUCACUGCAUGAUGGUGUGCAGUGGGUAAAUUGCAAUUGUUGCAUAGAGGAAAACAAACAAUGCAAUUUUGACCACAUUAAUGCCUCAGAAGGCGCAAAUAAUGUCCACGCCCAGCGUGAUGCCAACGCCAACAGUUCUUUUACUCAUGCUGUAAUCAACAUGGUGGGGAUGCUCAUAGGUUUGGGGCAACUGUCAACUCCAUAUGCUGUAGAAAAUGGAGGGUGGUCAUCUGCAUUCUUGCUUAUGGGACUAGGAGUGAUGUGUGCUUAUAGUUCUCACAUACUUGGAGUAUGCCUUAGAAAGAAUCCCAAGUUAACAAGUUUCAUGGAUAUUGGGAAGCAUGCAUUUGGAUCAAAAGGUAGAAACGUGGCUGCAACAAUCAUCUACAUGGAAAUCUUCAUGUCCCUCGUUUCCUACACCAUCUCACUACAUGAUAAUUUGAUCACAGUGUUUUUGGGGACAAAUUUGAAGCUUCACUUGCCUAAUUUUUCUUCAUCCCAGCUCCUAACUGCGGUGGCAGUCUUCAUUGCAAUGCCUAGUUUGUGGAUCAGAGACCUUUCUUCCAUAUCUUUCCUUUCAAGUGUUGGCAUUCUCAUGUCUCUACUCAUUUUCCUGUGUGUAGCAGCCACUGCACUCUUAGGACAUGUCCAAUCUAAUCAUUCCAUACCUGUCCUCCACCUCCAUAAUAUUCCAUCAGUAUCUGGCCUCUACGUUUUCGGCUAUGGAGGACAUAUUGUUUUCCCUGAAUUAUAUACAGCCAUGAAAGACCCCUCCAAAUUUACAAAGGUUUCUAUUGUGAGCUUCGCAGUAGUUACAGGAAUUUACACGACAUUGGGGUUCAUGGGUGCGAAGAUGUUUGGUAAGGAUGUGAAGUCUCAGAUCACACUUAGCAUGCCACAAGAGCACAUUGUAACAAAGAUUGCUCUGUGGGCAACCGUGGUGGCACCUAUGACCAAAUAUGCACUUGAAUUCACCCCAUUUGCAAUUCAACUAGAGCAUGCACUUCCAACUUCCAUGAGUGUCAGAACCAAAAUGAUAAUUAGAGGCUGCGUAGGUUCAUUUUCACUUUUGUUCAUACUAACCCUUGCUCUGUCGGUUCCAUAUUUCGAGCAUGUACUAAGUCUCACUGGCUCCCUGGUUAGUGUUGCCGUUUGUUUAAUUUUGCCAAGUGCUUUCUACGUGAAGAUAUGUUGGGGUCAGAUAUCAAAGCCUCACUUACUACUAAACCUCUUCCUCAUCAUAUUCGGCUUUGUUCUUGCCGUGAUGGGCACCAUUUCCUCCUCACAGUUACUACUCAAAAGUCUUAAAUCACAUAACUUGAGGCACAAGGAAUGAUUCAGCAGCAUAUGCCCUUCCCCCUUGUUGAUCUUUCUUGAAUCACCAGUAAUGAUACAUAAACAUCUUAUUAUUGUAAACAUCUCUCACUUUUUUUUUUCCUAUCAUAUCAUAAAUGCUAUCAUAUAUUUUUUUUUCUUUCUCUAGGUAUUAAAUAACAUGAGAACGGUAACAUUUUUCAUGAGAUUUGUAUACAUAUACAUAUGUACUUCUAAAUCCGAGUACUUUUAGAGGAGUCUGUAUGGAUAUGAUACAUUGCAUAAUUAAUGAAAACAAGUUCGUUGUCCA